ACAGAGUGAGACCCUGAUGCCAACAAACAGGCCUUGCAGAAAUAGAACAUGGAACUGAGAAAUCCAUACGGUUGUUCUUGCUGCCAGGUAACUUACUACUUCCAGUCAAUAUGCCGACCUUAGAUGCUCUAGAAGAGAGGCGGAGAAAAUUUAAGUACCGAGGCAAAGAUGCAUCUCUGAGGCGACAGCAGAGGAUGGCAGUCAGCCUGGAGCUCCGAAAGGCCAAGAAAGAUGAACAGACCUUAAAGAGAAGGAAUAUCACAAGCUUCUGCCCUGACACACCUUCUGAAAAACCAGCCAAAGGGGUGGCGGUCAGCCUCACUCUGGGUGAAAUAAUCAAAGGUGUGAAUAGCUCAGAUCCAGUCCUAUGUUUCCAGGCCACCCAGACAGCCAGGAAAAUGCUAUCCCAGGAAAAGAACCCCCCUCUGAAAUUGGUCAUUGAAGCAGGCCUCAUUCCCAGAAUGGUGGAGUUCCUGAAGUCAUCACUUUACCCCUGCUUGCAGUUUGAGGCUGCCUGGGCCCUGACCAACAUCGCUUCGGGGACGUCGGAGCAGACUCGUGCCGUGGUAGAAGGGGGAGCCAUCCAGCCCUUGAUCGAGCUCCUGUCUUCCUCCAACGUGGCUGUGUGUGAACAGGCAGUGUGGGCUCUUGGUAAUAUAGCCGGCGACGGCCCAGAGUUCAGAGAUAACGUCAUCACAAGCAAUGCCAUCCCACAUCUGCUAGCCUUGAUUUCACCCACCCUACCGAUCACAUUUCUGCGGAACAUCACGUGGACCUUGUCGAAUCUGUGCCGAAACAAGAACCCAUACCCUUGCGACACUGCGGUGAAGCAGAUACUGCCGGCCCUCCUUCACCUCCUGCAGCACCAGGACAGCGAGGUUCUCUCGGACGCCUGCUGGGCACUGUCCUACCUCACCGACGGCUCCAAUAAGCGCAUCGGCCAAGUGGUUGACACGGGGGUCCUGCCCAGGCUGGUAGUGCUCAUGACCAGCUCAGAACUCAGUGUCUUGACCCCUUCUCUCCGCACCGUGGGGAACAUUGUCACGGGCACAGAUGAGCAGACGCAGAUGGCCAUCGACGCAGGCAUGCUGAACGUGCUCCCCCAGCUCCUGCAACACAACAAGCCCUCCAUCCAGAAGGAGGCAGCCUGGGCCCUGAGCAACGUAGCAGCGGGGCCUUGUCACCACAUCCAACAGCUGCUUGCCUACGACGUCUUGCCUCCCUUGGUGGCUCUGCUAAAAAACGGAGAAUUUAAAGUCCAGAAAGAGGCUGUCUGGACGGUGGCGAACUUUGCAACAGGGGCCACCAUGGAUCAGCUGAUCCAGCUCGUCCACUCUGGGGUCCUGGAGCCACUGGUGAAUCUGCUCACUGCUCCGGAUGUUAAAAUUGUUCUCAUCAUCCUUGAUGUCAUCUCUUGCAUCCUCCAGGCGGCAGAGAAACGGUCUGAGAAGGAAAACCUGUGUCUUCUGAUAGAAGAACUCGGUGGGAUUGAUAGAAUUGAGGCUUUACAGCUGCAUGAGAACCGUCAAAUUGGCCGGUCGGCUUUGAACAUCAUCGAGAAGCACUUUGGUGAGGAAGAAGAUGAGAGCCUAACUUUGCUGAGCCAAGUCAUAGACCAAGAUUAUGAAUUUAUAGAUUAUGAAUGCUUAGCAAAAAAAUAGCCAAGCUCCAUAACUCCUAAAUCAACAACCCAGUGCUAAAGGAUAACUUCUUUAAGAAGCAGCAGUCCUCUAUCUUAGUGUAACUCAAAUGUGAAGCUUUUAAAACUUGACAUUAAUAAAAUGUUCAACACUUUCA